AUUGGCUCAUAGACCUAUUGGCUUGGUUGGUUUGUGAUUUUGAGCUUGAUGAAACAAGAAAACGACACGAGAAGGAGGUCGGAGAAGACGUUUACAUCCAUAAGUGCAGCCUGUGAAAUAAUGACAUCAAUUUUGCGUUAUGUUCAGUGUGGUGCAGAUUAUUUGGAAAAAAUUUAAAGAGCCAUUACCCACAAACAAACUGGUGAUUAAGACAAAAAAUGUACAGUUUUUAAAUGUAAAUAAAAUAAGAGCCAAAUUACAAAAGAUACAUGUUUUUGUAUGUCCGGUCUGUUUCUAAUUUUUGUUCUUUAAAAAACAGAACUUGAGACAUUCUCGUGUGUAACAUUUCAAUCGAGUUAAGGUUUUUUUAAAUGUUUUAUUUAAAAACAAAAAUGCAGGCAACUAUGAAACCUUAUGUUUGUAAAGUCUGUAAAAAAUGUUUUGUAUUUAAAGAGAACUUUAAAACGCACAUGAAAAUGCAUCCUUCUGAAAAACGUCAUGUUUGUGAAGUGUGCGAAAAACGCUUUUCACGAAUGGGUGAUUUAAAAACACACAUUAGAAUACAUACUGCGGAAAAACCAUACAUUUGUGAAGUAUGUAGAAAAGGUUUUGCUCAAAUUGGUCAUUUAAAAUCACAUCUAAGAAUACACACUGGAGAAGAACCUUAUGUUUGUGAUGUGUGUGAAAAAGGCUUUGCCCGAAAUGGUGAUUUAAAAGCACAUAUAAGAACACAUACUGGAGAGAAACCUUAUGUUUGUGAAGUCUGUGAAAAACGUUUUGCACAAAAUAGUUCCUUAAGAACACACAUGAGAGCUCAUACUGGAGAAAAUUCUCAUGUCUGUCAAGAGUGUAGUAAAGGCUUUGCACGCCUAUCUAAUUUGAUAAUUCAUAUGAGAAUACAUACUGGAGAGAAACCUUAUGCUUGUGAUGUGUGUGAAAAAUGCUUUUCACGAAUGGGUAAUUUAAAAAUCCACAUGGCAACACAUACGGCAGAGAAACCUUAUGUUUGUGAUAUGUGUAAAAAAUCUUUUGCACAGAUGAGUUAUUUAAAAAAACAUAUAAGUAAAACUGCACACUGCUGAAAAACUUUUUUUGUGAAGUGUAUAAAAAAUACUGCAAAAUUUCAUUGUUUAAAAAUACAGAUGAUAACACAAAGCAGAAAGAUAUUUCACAAUUUGCGAAUCACAAAUUUGUCCUAAGAACACAUGGUAAUGAAUACACACAGUCGACAAACCUUCUGCUUGUGAAGUAUGUACAAAAGGUUUUACACAUAUCAGUCAUUUAAAAACACAUAUAAAUAUACAUACUAGAGAAAAAGCCUUAUGCAUGGAAAAGGUCUUUCAAGGAUUGAUAAUUUUAAAUCACAUAUGAAAAUACAUAUUUGAGAAAAACAGUAUGCCUGUGUAAAGUGUAACAAAGUAUUUGCACAAAUUGAUAGUUUUAUAAUGUAUCUGAGGAUACAUACCAUAAAAUGCCUGAUCUUUGAAAGAGUGUCUAGGUUAUUAUGUUUUCCUUUGACAUAAAUACAGAAUGUCGUAUACGACUUGUAAAGAAGAAAUGCUGAAGCAGUAAUGCGUUUCGGUUUGAAGGGCAGGGCAGCCUUUGUAACUAUACUGAGACCUUACAACUUAUGUCUCAAGGUGG